AUGGAGCUCCAAAAGCGAAUGGCGUGGAAUCUAAAAGGGCGUAGUGCGGUGGCCGCGCUUGAUCCCCCCACGCGGCACCGCAUCCUGCAAUCGAAUGCCAUGACCUCCUGCGUUCACAAGCCGCUGCUAGCCACAAUAGAGGCCAUCAUAACCCUGCAGUGUGUGGGAGGCCUUAGUGGACCCCUGCAGAGGCCUGAACCAUUUAUUUGCCUUGUUGCACGGCUGCUUCAGAUUACCCCAGACCCUUCCGUUGUGCUGGCAAUGUUGCACCAAGAUGUCCAUAAGUACUUGCGCGUGGCCGCGCUGUUUGUCAUUCGGCUUAUUGGCAAUGAGGCGAUGAUGCGCGAGGCGAUGCGUGUGGGGUGGGAUGAUUACCGGAAGAUCCGUGUCUACGGAUACGUGGAGGAUUGGGGAGUCACAACUUGCCCCAAGGACGGUGCCGCCCCGGGCGAGGCGGAGGAAGGGUUCGGGCGGACACCGUCGUAUGGCAUUAUGUGCGUGGACGAAAUCACUGAUCGACUGUUCAACGUUGGCGCGCGUGCGACAGAGAAGGAUGGGGAAAGUAGCAGUGCAUGGCUGGGCCUCCGCUUCUCACCGAUGCUUCUGUAG